UGUUCUCUCUGUGGAUGUGUCUCAGGGCUUGGCAGUAGGAGUCGAGUCAGUAUAAACAAAUUCUUCCCAGAGAUGAUGCCUUUCUCACGUACAUUCAUCUUCAUGGUCAUCUUUUGUAUGCAGUCUCUAGCUGCUUUGCUGCAAAAUGGCUUCAUGGCCACUGUGCUGUGCAGGAAAUGGCUACGGAGACAGGGACUCCCUGAAGGUGACAUGAUUGUGGCUUGCCUCGCUGCCUCCAGGUUCUGUCUGCAUGGAGUAGCCUUCCUAAACAACUUCCUGGCCUUCACUAUGCUUUGGACCCUAAAGAUCUAUUUUUAUGUCCUCUGGGACUUCAUCAACACAGUCAAUUUCUGGUUAACCACCUGGCUUGCCAUCUUCUACUGUGUAAAGAUCUCUUUGUUCUCCCACCCCAUCUUCUUCUGGAUUAAAUGGAGAAUUUCUCGGUCAGUACCCAGGUUAUUGCUGGGAUCCCUGAUCAUCGGUGGACUGUCAGCCAUCUCUUCAGCCACUGGAAACACAAUUGCCUUUCAGAUGAUGGCCCGUGAAAACUACACAGUUGCUUUUAGAAUGUUAGCAUUCUACGUGUAUUAUUUUCGCUGUCAUGCAAUGCUGAUGUGGGUCAUUCCACUCUUCUUGAUUCUGCUGUCCAUCAUCUUGCUCAUGUUCUCACUGUACCGGCAUCUGGAACAGAUGAGGUAUCACAGGCCCAGGUCUCAUGAUUACAGCACCCAGGCUCACACUAUGGCUCUGAAGUCUCUUGCCUUCUUCCUCAUCUUCUACAUAUCAUAUGUCCUGUUCCUUAUGUUACAUGUUACACGAAUCAUAAAUACCCAGGAUUCCUGGCACUGGGCCUGGGAAGUGAUAAUCUACAUGGGCAUCUCACUGCAUUCCACCAUUCUGAUUCUAAGCAACCACAAGUUGAGAAGGAUUCUCAAGAUAAAAUUCCCAGAUCUUUGUCUUGCCAGAUCAGAAGACAAGGGCCAUGGUUAA